CUACCCGGAAACAAGCCGACUGCAUGAGUAAUAAUGGGCUGUAGCUAAUAUGUAAAUUAUUAAGUAUAUCGCUAUUUAUUUCACUUUUAUUUUAACCGGUGAUCUUUUUAUAUAAUUUAAAGGCUGACAUUCUCGUAUGAUUGGUAACUUGGCUCAUAUCGCAAGGUUUUGCUUAGGAAACAUGGCAGCAACAGCAGAUCACUUCAUGUAUUUUGCUUUUGGAAGCAACUUGUUGAAGGAGAGACUUCAGCUGGCAAACCCCUCAGCUAUAUUUCAUUGCACCGGCCGACUGAAGGACUACACAUUGAACUUUGGUCUGUGGGGGGAGCACAUUGACAACCGUUGGCAUGGAGGAGUAGCAACCAUCGAGCAGAAAGAGGGGGGAGAGGUGUGGGGGGUGGUCUGGAGGAUGAGCAACGACCACCUAGCCAGCCUGGACCAGCAGGAGGGGGUGGACAUGGGUAUGUACUUCCCCUUAGAGGUGACAGUAGAGACAGACGACGGGGCGCUGCUCUGUAGAACGUACCAGAUGAACCGCUUCCACGCCUGUCCCCCCUCGCCACAAUACAAACAGGUGGUGUGUUUAGGAGCCCAGCAGAACGGUCUACCAGUGCAGUACAUGAGGAGACUAGAGGAGGUUCAGACCAACAACUACAGUGGCCCUUCUAUCCUGGACAAGAUCUCACAGGUCAUUAAGUAAUUCAGAUAUUUUUUUCCACUAAUUGGUCUUUUGAUUUGGUGUUUUGACCAAUCGGAUCAGCUCUGAAAAGAUCUGAUGUGAUUGGUCAAAAGACUAACUAGUGGAAAAAAUAUCAGAAUUGGGCUGCCUGUGUAAAUGUAGCCAGAAUCAAUCUGAAAUGACAACCUAUUGGGCUCUGGUCAAAAGUAGUGCACUAUAUAGGGUGCCAUUUCGGACAAACACACAGACAGACACCAUAAAGACUAAUGCAUGUGAUGUGGCUUUGGAGAGAUUUGAUGACGAAUGGUUCAAUUGAAAUGGAAUGGGGCCUUUUAGAGAAAUGGGAGAUGUUUUAAUGUAUUUAAUAGAUGUAUACUGAAUGAAAUCGGUUACUUCAGAAAUCAAUUGAUUUAAUGUAAAUUGUUAUUCUUUGUUUCUUAAGAAACGUCUCAAGGAUCUCUGCUCCCUAAACUGUAUCUGGUACAAUUGUCUUUUCAACAAAACAUAAUUUUGUAGUCGUUAAUGACGUUGAACAUACAACUAUGUAUAUACAGAAUUAUCACCAUAGUGUCCCAGUACAAAUUCUGGAGUUGAUUUGUGCUUUAGUUUUUACUUAAUUCAACAAAUACAAACUUGUGCAAAAUAUAUAUAUAACAAAGAUGCUUGAGUAAAUAAAAGGUGUGUUUUAAAUCAAAUGUUAA